AUGCAGCUUUGCAGGCUUCGCAGCUUGCCUAUUUUAGUCGCGAGAGGAGGAUUCCACCGGGUGGUGGCACGUCCGCAGCUGCGAUGCCGAAGCCAGGUCGCCAACACCGGCAAUGACUCGGUUCCUGAACAAAGCACUUCGAGCACGAACAUUGACGUGCACAAGAAAAGGCCGGUGAGCCCCUUGAGAUUCGAAGAAAAGACCUUGAUCUUCGAGUCCCAGGUGGACGUGAAGGAGGUGAUCCUGACCUCACGCCGUAAAUGCCAGAUAGGAGCUGCUCUGAGUAUCUGUGGCUUCAACACAUUUCUGGCGAGCUUAAGUCUUCAUGGUGCCCUUUCCAUGCAGCUCUGCAUGGCUGCUUGCCUCGGCCUCAUUGCGAACGCUUACAUCAAGUUGGCGACGAGUCAAAGGCUUGUGGCCAGGUUGGCGGAUCGUCAUGUGGAGCGCUUGGAGGUGAAAACCGAAACACAUGGCUCUGUGCCCAGCGUCAAGGAGAUGGAUGCAGCUCAAAAGCUUUUGCUGGAUGGGGCAAGCAUGGAGGAUCCGGGAUGGGAGGAAAGUAGCACCUUGCGGCCAAGGAGCGUCUUGCUGUCACCAAGGAGAGGCUUUCAGGUCAAGUCUGGGACCGGUCUUUGGAGCUGCCUGGCCCAGCGGAACUUCCAUGACUUCACAGGAGCUCCAAGUGAAGCUUCGCACAGCCAGAAACGAGCACAGUUUCUUCUUGGUGGCAUCUGGGCAGAUGUGGACUCCAUGGAUGAGGCAUUGAAAUACAAAUUGGAUGAUGCAGCACCAGAUGCGGCCCAAAAGGCGACCAUGGCAGCAAUGUGCAAGUUGGGUUUGAUCGACAUCAAUGAAGCCUCUGGAAAGUGCUUUGAUGUGGCGCUGCUAUCAGCACUAAAGACUUCCGACAAGAUCCUGGUGGAUGAGGAAGUGGAGCCGCGCUUCACGGAUGGACCUCUGGGCCAGGAGUCUGCAGGAUGGAUGCUCAGCGAGGUCACAAAAGAUGAGGCCUCGCUUGCAACGGCUGGCGGCGAUGACAUGGGAUGA